UCCAUCACAGCACAAAAACACUAAGCGCAUUAUAGGCUGUCAACUUUAGAGACCUGGAUGAAGCAAACAAACUUGGACUUACUUUUUACUGGUUAUGCUUUUUCCGUUCAACUUGAAGGCUUUGUAUAAGGUGGGAUUGACAGAUCUGAUGUCAUAAUGGAUCAUUUAUAAUUUUCCUGAGGCAACAAGAUGGAUGUAGGGCAUUCUAUCUGCAAGUUUAGAUUCCUUGUAGAAAGUAAAUAAACAUCCAUCAUCCUCUGGAGAUAUGGGGGACAAUAAACCUGGAGGGAUUGUUGCAGCUGCAAUGAACCGACUGAAAGUGGAGAAAGGAUUGGAAGAUAUGGAGGUGUCGGAGUGUGAGAGCUGCUCCUUUGAGGUGACUCUUAACCUGGCUUACAUAGAAGGCAUUUGGAUCAGGGAUGGGAUGCAGGUUAAGUCGAAACCAAGUUGUCGCAUCAGCACGCACGGGAAGAAACACUGCCUCAUCCUGAACCGAGUGGCUUUGGGAGAUGCUGGUUUAUACUGUUUCCGGGCCAGUGAGGUUCAGACAUCAGGCAGACUCGUUGUUAGAGCUAGAGACAUAUAUAUUGAGAAAGAGCUGGAGGAUGUGGAUACGCUUGAGCGUCAACCCGUUAGUUUUAUAUGCGAAGUCAAUCAGGUGGAUGUGGAUGGUCGGUGGUAUCGUGAUGACUGCAGAAUCCGACCUGGAGACAACAUCAAGAUAAGACAUCAGGGUAAAACUCAUGCUUUGCUCUUCAAGUCAGUCAGACCAGAACAUGCAGGUGAAAUCAGAUUCACUGCAGAGCGGGUGUCAUCCUAUGCCACUCUUACAGUAAAAGAGCUGCCAGUCCAAAUAAUUCGACCAUUGAGGGUCAAAAUCGCCAUGUAUCGCCACAGAGGUUUACUAGAGUGCCAGGUGUCACGGCCUAAUGCUCAGGUCAAAUGGUACAAGAACAGGAAGGAGCUCCUGCCCUGCAAGAAGUAUCAGCUAAUCAGCCAGGAUAUUUACAGGCAGCUGACCAUCGAAGAUGUUCGCUCUUCAGAUGAAGACACCUACACAUGUGAUGCAGGGGAUGACAAAACUUCAUGUCAACUUUUAGUGGAGGAGCAGGCCAUCAGCAUAGUGCGGGGGAUGAAAUCUUUGGAGGUGAUGGAGCCAAAGCCAGCGCUAUUCCAGGUAGAAACUAGUCUAAAGUCUGGGAGGCCCCCGAAGUGGACCCUAAACAGUGAGGUCCUGGAGCACUCUGCAGGAGUGAACAUUGACCGGCAGGGAAACCUCCACAGUCUUUGUUUCACAAGCACAGACAGCUCCAUGUCAGGGCCUGUGGUGUUUGUGGCUGGGAAGAGCCGUUCAACAGCUCAGCUUUCUGUGAAGGAACGACCUCUUGACGUUGUUCAGCACUUAGAUGAUGUGGAAGCGAGGGAGAGCAGCUCUGUAAGUUUGUGCUGUGAGUUUGCCCCGUCUCCCCGAGUCGUGCGGUGGUUUAAAGGUCGCACCGCUCUGAAGCUCUCGAACAAAUACACCAUGAAGAGAGAGGGGAAACGAGUGGAACUGAUCAUUCACGGCCUGACGGGGACUGAUGCAGGACAGUACCGCUGCAUGGCUGGAGGUUCACAAAGUACAGCACAGGUCAAGGUUGAAGCAAAAACAUUGAAGCUGGUCAAACAUCUUGAACCUGUUGACAUUGAGGAAAAUGGCACUGCCACUUUUUCAUGUGAGCUCAAUUAUGUUGUUGCCAAUGCCGAGUGGCUGGUUAACAACGUCCGCCUCAGUUCUAAUGCCAUCAACCGGAUUCAGCACAUGGGCACAAUGCACAGCCUCGUGAUGCAAAAACUUAGACCACAAGAGAGCAGGGUCACAUUUAAAGCAGGCCUUCUCAAUGAAACAACCAUUUUAAAGGUUAAAGAGCGCCCGGCAGUGUUUCUUAGGUCUUUGGAGGAUGUCGUUGGAGAAGAACUAGGGGAGAUCUGCCUGCAGUGUGAAAUCUCUAAAGAUUCAGUAACACCUCUUUGGAGGAAGGAUGGUACUGUCCUGACACCUGAUGAUAAACAUGAGUUUGUACAGUGUGGGAAGUGCAGGGCACUGAUCAUCCAUUCACUGAGCAAGAACGAUGCUGGACAUUACACUUGUGACUUAGGCACCAGUCAGUCCAAGGCUAAAGUUACAGUACAUGAUCUACAUGUUACCAUUGUUCAGCGGAUAAAGACGGUAUCUGUUCUGGAGAGUGAAAACUGUACUUUUGAGUGCCUUCUCUCUCAUGAACUGGAUGAUGAACCCAUUUGGACCAUCAACGGUCAGGUGGUGGUUACCAACAGUCGCAUUCAACUUGUCAACAACAGUCGCAUCUAUAAGAUGGGAAUUAGAGAUGUCGUACUUUCUGAUGCUGGUGACGUUGUCUUCACAAUUAAAGACCUGAGUUGUAGAACCAUGUUAUUUGUGAAAGAGAAGCCUGUGCACAUCUUCAGAGACCUGCUAAAUGUAAAGGCUGUACCUGGGGAGGACGCUGAGUUGAGCUGUGAAAUCACCAAACCAGAAGUCACCAUUCGUUGGCUGAAAAAUGGACGUCCUAUCAGGCAGAGCCCUAAAUAUGAGAUGAGCAUUGAGAAGAACCUGGCACGCCUGGUGAUCAAGAAUGCCUCCAUCAGAGACACUGGUGAAUACUGCUGCGAGGCUGAUGGUGUUGCAUCCCGAGCCAAGGUGGAGAUCAGAGAACUUCAGCACACUUUUGCAAGGGAGUUGAGAGAUACUCGAGGAGAAGAAAAGGGUAAAGUGACACUGGAGUGUGAGACCAGGCGGUCUGCCAAGCGUGUGACAUGGCUAAAGGGCAUGGUGGAGCUCAGAUCUGGGAAGAAGUAUGUCAUCAAACAGAGGGGAGUGGUUCUAUCCCUUACCAUCACCUGCCUAGAGAAAACAGACUCGGAUAUUUAUGUGUGUGAUGUUGGUACCAUGCAGAGCCGGGCACAACUUACUGUGCAGGGUCAGAAGGUGAUAAUCUUGGAUGAAUUAGAAGAUGUGGAGUGCCUUGAAGGUGACACAGUAACAUUCAGGUGUCGAAUUUGUCCCGAUGACUAUUGGGGGAUCAAGUGGUAUCUGGACGAGACUCUGCUUUAUACCAAUGAGCUCAAUGAGAUCCAGGUGAUACCAGGAGGCCUCCACACCCUUACUUUUAGACAACUUGCCCGCAAAGACACUGGUACUAUUUCAUUUGUAGCAGGGGACAAAAGAUCUUAUGCCUCACUGCUAGUUAGAGAAAGGCGUCCUACCAUCAUCAAAUCACUGGAAGACUGUGAGGCUUUCGAGGGAGGAGGCUUAGUUUUAUCUUGUGUGACUUCUAAGCCAUGUCACAUCUUGUGGUACAAAGAUGGCUGCCUGAUGUGGCACUCCUCCAGAUACUUCACCACCCAUUCUGGCUGUGAAGCCCGACUGACCAUUCGAGAGGUCAGCAACAGCGAUGCUGGGGUGUACGAGUGCAGCAGUGGCUCUGUCACAACCACAGCUGUCGUUACUGUCAAAGCCAUCCCAGCAGAGUUCACCCAGCCUCUGCAUGCUGUGGAGGCCAAAGAAGGAGAGGCUGUUACACUAACCUGUGAAUAUUCUUUACCUGGAGUCCAGUUUCAUUGGAGGAAAGAUUUUGAGAACAUCCGACCUGGAGAAAAGUAUGUCAUGAAACAGAGGAAAACCAUCAUCUCUCUUACCAUCAAAGCACUUCUGCCCGAGGACUCAGGAGAGUACACAUGCCAUUGCAGGCAACACCAGACGACAGCCAGUCUCAAAGUGCAGGCUAUUCCCAUUACAUUCAUUCAGAAACUAAGGAACCUGCAAGCUGAGGAGGGCAGCAGUGUGAUAUUGCGCUGUGAAAUUUCUAAGCCUGGAAUACCGGUAGAAUGGAGGAAGGAGCACGAAUUGCUGAGGAAUGGUGUCAAGUUCCAGAUGAGGAAAAGGGAAACCACUUUGGAGCUUCUGAUUUGGAAACCUGCACCUGAAGACAGUGGGGUGUACAGCUGUGAGUGUGCAAAUCAGAUAACAUCUGCCACAGUCAAGAUCACCGCUCUGCCAGUCACCUUCAAACAGAAGCUGAGGAACGUGUUGAUUGAGGAGGGCAACACCGCUACAUUUCGUUGUGAACUCUCCAAGCCUGGUCAAACUGUUGAGUGGAGGAAAAGUCGAGACAGAGUCAUCAGGAAUGGAGAAAAGUAUCACGUGCGACAGAGAGACACACUGACUGAACUCAGGAUCAUUGAUGUGUCUCCUGAAGACAGUGAUAUCUACACUUGCAUCUGUGGAAACAUUGAGACAACAGCCACCCUGACUGUAAAUGCCAUUCCUGUGACCUUCAAGCAAAAGUUGAAGAACCAGCAAGUGGAGGAAGGACACUACAUCACACUGCAGUGUGAGAUUUCAAAAGCUGGUGUCCCAGUUGAGUGGAGACUUGGAGGAGAGCAGUUGGAGAAUGGAGAGAAGUACCAGAUAAAGCAGAGGGAUUCCACCCUGGAACUGACCAUCAGGGAGGCUGUGCCCGAGGACAGCGGCGUCUACACCUGUGUGUGCAGAGAGCAGAAAACAAAGGCCACAGUAAAAGUCAUUGCGGUUCCUGCCACAUUUAAAGUGAGUAUGAAGAGCCAAGAGGUGGAAGAAGGGAAUAGUGUGACUUUACAAUGUGAGCUGUCAAAGAAAGGGGCCCCUAUUCAGUGGCUGAAAGAGGGACAGGUGCUGUCUGAAGAGUUAGGCUGUGAUAAAUACCAGAUAAUGGUUGAAGGAAGGAAAGUUUCAAUGACUAUUUUCAAUGCACAACCAGAUGAUGCAGGGAAGUACAGCUGUAUUACUGGAGAUGAGAAAACCACAGCGGAAAUCAGAGUCAAAGCACUUCCUGUUACGUUCAAACAAGAACUCCAGCGCCUGUCGGUCAAAGAAGGAGAGUGUGGAGUUUUCUGCUGUGAACUCUCCAAAUCUGGAGCUGCUGUGGAGUGGAGAAAAGGCAGAGUGAUCCUGAAACCAGGAGAGAAAUAUGAAAUGAAACAGGAGGGCCAUCUAACUAAACUCAUUAUAAACAACGUGGAGGAAAGCGAUGCUGGCAAAUACACCUGCAAGACUAAACACAGCCAAACCAGUGCUGAGCUCAGAGUGCGAGAAUCACCUGAGCGCAGACGUCAAAGAGAUCUCCCUCCACGCUUCAAGUUACCAUUAGUUAACCAGGAGGUCACCGAGGGCAACGUUGUGGCUCUGCACUGUGAGCUCAACAAGCCUGCUAACUCAGUGGAGUGGAGGAGAGGAGGACAGCUUCUCAGGAAUGGAGACAAGUACCAGAUGAGGAAGAAAGACCUGCUGGUGGAAAUGAAGAUCACAGACCUCACAGUGGAGGAUUCUGGUGAUUACACCUGUGUAUGUGGGGAAGAAAGGACAACCGCUGAGAUCACAGUGAAUGAAAGGCCCAUUAAAUUCAUUCAAGAUCUGAAGAAUAUUCAAGUACAGGAGGGAAACGGCGUGGCACUCUCCUGUGAGCUCUCCAAACCGGGCUUCCCAGUGCAGUGGAAGAAGGAUGACGUUGUGCUGACCAGUGGUGAGAAAUACCAGAUCAGGCAAAACGGCUCCAAGCCAGAGCUUCUCAUCAGGAAAAGUCUCCCAGAGGACAGCGGCUCUUACAGUUGCAUUUGUGAUGAUGUCAAAACUACAGCAAGUGUUGCAAUUACUGCAAUUCCAGUGAUAUUCAAGCAAAAACUGAAGAACCAGGAAGCAGUGGAGGAUGGUUGUUUAACAUUACGCUGUGAGCUUUCCAAACCUGGACAAGCAGUAGAGUGGAGGAGAGAUGCACAACUUCUGAAGGAUGGAGAAAAAUACCAGACAAAGCAGGAGGGCAGAGCAGCAGAGAUGCUGAUUAGAACUGUAACUCUUGCAGAUGCAGGAGAAUACAGCUGUUGUGCUGGGACUGCUGUGACUUCAGCUGACAUCAAAGUUAGAGCUCUUCCUGUGACAUUCAAGAAAGAAGUUGAGAAUUUGGAGGUAAAGGAAGGAGACAGCGCAGCUUUCUGCUGUGAGCUCUCCAAACCCGGAGCUCCGGUCGACUGGAGAAAAGGCAGAGUCAUCCUGAAGGCCGGUUACAAGUACGAGAUGAAACAAGAGAGAGGUCUCACCAAGCUGAUCAUCAACAACGUUGAGGAGAACGAUGCUGGAAAAUACACCUGCAAAACAGAGGACAGCCAAUCCACAGCUGAGCUCACAGUCAAAGCUCCACCCGUCACAUUCAAAACAAAGCUAAGGAACCAGCAGGUGGAGGAGGAAAACAGCGUGAUGUUGAGUUGUGAAUUGUCAAAGCCCGGCCUCGCUGUGGAGUGGAUGAAAGGGAAAGAGCUGCUGAAGAGUGAUUUCAAGUACCAGAUUAAAAAUCGUAACAGCAUCAUGGAGCUGACCAUCAAAAACACCCAACUGGAGGACAGUGGGCUCUACAGUUGUAUGUGUGGAGAUGUCAAGACCACAGCGCAUGUCACAAUUACAUCCAUCCCUCUAACAUUCAAACUGGGUCUGAAGAACCAGGAGGCUCCGGAGGGAGGGAAUGUGUGUCUGCGCUGUGAGCUGUCCCGGGCCGGGGUGCCCGUGCAGUGGUGGAAAGGGGAGGAUCAGCUUUACCACGGAGGGAGAUUCCAGAUGACACAGAAAGGGAAGAUGGCUGACAUGACCAUCAGAAACAUACAACCAGAGGAUGUUGGAGAAUACAGCUGUGUAUUUGGAGGUCAAAAGACAACAGCUGAAGUCAACGUGAGAGCUGCAGCAUCUGUGUACUUUGAGAAGGAACUAGAGAGCCAAGUGAUUAUGGAGGGGAAAUCUGCGCUCAUGUCCUGUGAAGUUUCUAGUGCUAAUGUUCCUGUCACUUGGAAGAAAGAUGGCACGGUGGUGGAAAACGGAGUGCAUUACAUAGUGAGGAAAAAAGGCCCUUUGCACACUCUAGAGAUUAGGAAACUGCAGCUGGCAGAUGCUGGAGAGUACUGCUGCAUCACCAGAGGAAAGAAAACCACUGCCAAACUGAUUGUGAGGGAGCGUGUCAAGAUUGUGAAAGAACUGCAGGACCUAACAGUGACAGCUGGAGAAGACGCUGUGUUCGUGUGCGAGCUGACCCAUGCAGAUGUGAGCGAGGGUGUAUGGUGGCUUGGUUCGAGCCCCCUGCAGAAAAAUGAGAUGAACCAGAUGACGUGCCGCGGUCGCCAGCACCGCCUAGUCCUCACCAUGACAACACCAGAAGAGACCGGGAAUGUAGCAUUUGUAGUUGAGGAGGAAAGGACCUCUGCAAAACUGUUGGUUCUCCCUAAGCCCAAAGUUUUGUUUGAGGAGAAACCCAAAGACAGUGUCAUCAUGGAAGGAGAGACAGCUUUCCUGUCCUGUGCUACAUCUGAUUGCAUCACCAUGGUUACCUGGAAACGCAACCAUGUCCCACUUCGAAGUGGUGAUAAAUAUGAGAUGUGCAAGGAGGGUAAAGUCAAUCUGCUUCUUAUCCAUGAUGUGGAGCCCCAGGAUAGUGGCAUAUACUCCUGUGAUACAGGAGAUGUGCAGAGCAGUUUCAAACUGACUGUAACAGAACUUCCUCCAUUCUUUCAAGAAGAGCUACAAAGUGUAGAAGCUGAAGAAGGAGGCUCGGCCUGCCUCUACUGUGAGAUAUCUAAACUAGGAGUGCCGAUUCAGUGGAAAAAGGACAGGCUGCCAAUAAGAGCGAGCAGGAAGUAUGAGGUGAGGCAAGAUGGCUGCUUUCUCCAGCUUUACAUCAAAGAUCUUAAACCUGAGGACAGCGGCAGCUACACAUGUCAAGCAGGGAGUGCAGAGACAAGUGCAACUGUGUCUGUAAGAGAGACGGCCCCAUUCUUCAAAAAAGAAUUAAGAAGUUUGGAGGCAGAGGAAGGAGGUGCAGCUUUCCUGCAAUGUGAGCUAUCUAAACCAGGGUUGUCUGUGCAGUGGAAGAAGAACAAACUGCCUCUUAGGGCAAGCAGGAAGUAUGAAAUAAAACAAGAUGGCUGCCUGUUCCAACUCCACAUCAAUGACCUGAAACCUGAAGACAGUGGCAGCUACUCAUGUCAAGCAGGAAACACAGAGACGACUGCUAAUGUGACAGUCAGAGAACUACCAGCUUUUUUCAGGAAGAAUUUGCAGAAUAUAAAGGCAGAUGAAGGGGGUACAGCCUCACUUUUCUGUGAAGUUUCUAAGUCUGGAUUCUCUGUUCGGUGGAAGAAGAACAAUGUGACUCUGAGAGCUAAUAGGAAGUACGAGAUGAAGCAGGAAGGCUGCCUUCUACAGCUUAACAUCAAGGAGAUCAAUCUAGAGGACAGUGGCUGCUACACUUGCCAAGCAGGAGGAGCCGAGACUAGUGCCACUGUCUCAGUAAAAGAGCUCCCACCUUUCUUCAAGGAUAAUUUGAAAAGUCUAACCAUUGAGGAGGGAGGGACAGCCUCCCUUUGCUGUGAGGUAUCCAAGCCUGGGCUGCCUGUGCAAUGGAAGAAGAACAGGCUGCCACUGAGAGCGAACAGGAAGUAUGAGAUGAAGCAUGAUGACUGUUUCCUCCAACUUUACAUCAAAGAUCUCACACUUGAUGAUAGUGGUAGCUACUCAUGUCAGGCUGGAGAUGUAGAGACCACAGCAACUGUGACAGUGAAAGAACUUCCCACCUUCUUCAAGAAAGAGCUAAUAAACAUGGAGGCUGAGGAAGGUGGAGCAGCAUCUUUGUGCUGUGAAGUGUCUAAACCUGGAGCUUCUGUGCAGUGGAAGAAAAACAAGAUGCCAUUAAGAGCCAGUAAGAAGUUUGAGAUGAAGCAGGGAGGCUGCAUAGUUCAGCUUCACAUUACUGAUGUCAAAGCUGAGGACAGUGGUAGCUACACAUGUCAAGCUGGACCCGCUGAGACCACCGCGACACUAUCUGUGAAAGAACACCCAGUUUUCUUCAUGAAAGAAUUACAAAAUAUAAAUGGUAAAGAAGGAAGUAUCAUCUCUCUGUGCUGCGAACUUUCCAAACCUGUUCCUGCGCUCUGGAGGAAAAACAAAUUGCCUAUGAGAGCCAGUAGGAAGUAUGAGAUGAAACAAGAAGGUUCCAUCAUUCAACUUUAUAUCAAAGAUUUAAAACUUGAGGACAGCGGCAGUUACACAUGUCAAGCAGGGAAUGCAGAGACAAGUGCAACUGUGUCUGUAAGAGAGACGGCCCCAUUCUUCAAAAAAGAAUUAAGAAGUUUGGAGGCAGAGGAAGGAGGUGCAGCUUUCCUGCAAUGUGAGCUAUCUAAACCAGGGUUGUCUGUGCAGUGGAAGAAAAACAAACUGCCUCUUAGGGCAAGCAGGAAGUAUGAAAUAAAACAAGAUGGCUGCAUGUUCCAACUCCACAUCAAUGACCUGAAACCUGAAGACAUUGGCAGCUACUCAUGUCAAGCAGGAAACACAGAGACGACUGCUAAUGUGACAGUUAGAGAACUCCCAGCUUUCUUCAAGAAGAAUCUGGAGAACAUAAAGGCAGAUGAAGGAGAUACAGCCUCCCUUUUCUGUGAAGUUUCUAAGUCUAGAAUCUCUGUUCAGUGGAAGAAGAACAAUGUGCCUCUGAGAGCCAAUAGGAAGUAUGAGAUGAAGCAGGAAGGCUGCUUUUUGCAGCUUAACAUCAAGGAGAUCAAUCUAGAGGACAGUGGCUGCUACACUUGCCAAGCAGGAGAAGCAGAGACUAGUGCCACUGUCUCAGUAAAAGAGCUCCCACCUUUCUUCAAGGAUAAUUUGAAAAGUCUAACCAUUGAGGAGGGAGGGACAGCCUCCCUUUGCUGUGAGGUAUCCAAGCCUGGGCUGCCUGUGCAAUGGAAGAAGAACAGGCUGCCACUGAGAGCGAACAGGAAGUAUGAGAUGAAGCAUGAUGACUGUUUCCUCCAACUUUACAUCAAAGAUCUCACACUUGAUGAUAGUGGUAGCUACUCAUGUCAGGCUGGAGAUGUAGAGACCACAGCAACUGUGACAGUGAAAGAACUUCCCACCUUCUUCAAGAAAGAGCUAAUAAACAUGGAGGCUGAGGAAGGUGGAGCAGCAUCUUUGUGCUGUGAAGUGUCUAAACCUGGAGCUUCUGUGCAGUGGAAGAAAAAUAGACUCCCUCUAAGAGCGAGCAGGAAGUAUGAAAUGAAACAAGAUGGCUGCCUGUUCCAGCUCCACAUCAAUGACCUGAAACCUGAAGACAGUGGUAGCUACACAUGUCAAGCAGGAAACACAGAGACGACUGCUAAUGUGUCAGUCAGAGAACUCCCAGCUUUCUUCAAGAAGAAUCUGGAGAACAUAAAGGCAGAUGAAGGAGAUACAGCCUCCCUUUUCUGUGAGGUUUCUACGUCUGGAGUCUAUGUUCAGUGGAAGAAGAACAAUGUGCUUCUCAGAGCCAAUAGGAAGUACGAGAUGAAGCAGGAAGGCUGCCUUCUACAGCUUAACAUCAAGGAGAUCAAUCUAGAGGACAGUGGCUGCUACACUUGCCAAGCAGGAGGAGCAGAGACUAGUGCCACUAUCUCAGUAAAAGAGCGUCCCCUGUUCUUCAAGGAGAAUUUGAAAAAUGUCUCCAGUGAGGAGGGAGGGACAGCAUCCCUUUGCUGUGAGGUAUCCAAGCCUGGGCUAUCAAUACAAUGGAAGAAGAACAGGCUGCCACUGAGAGCAAACAGGAAGUAUGAGAUGAAGCAUGAUGGCUGUUUCCUCCAACUUUACAUCAAGGAUCUCACACCUGAGGAUAGUGGUAGCUACUCAUGCCAAGCUGGAGCUGCAGAGACUACAGCAACUGUGACAGUGAAAGAUCUUCCUCCUUUCUUCAAGAAAGAGCUAGUAAACAUGGAGGCUGACGAAGGUGGAGCAGCAUCUUUAUGCUGUGAAGUGUCUAAACCUGGAGUGUCUGUGCAAUGGAAGAAAAGCAAGAUGCCAUUAAGAGCCAGUAAGAAGCAUGAGAUGAAACAAGAAGGUUCCAUCCUUUAUCUACAUAUCAAAGAUCUGAAACCUGAGGACAGCGGCAGCUACUCGUGUCAAGCAGGGAAUGCAGAGACAAGUGCCAUCGUGUCUGUAAAAGAGACGACCCCAUUCUUCAAAAAAGAAUUAAGAAGUUUGGAGGCUGAGGAAGGAGGUGCAGCUUUCCUGCAGUGUGAGCUAUCUAAACCAGGGUUGUCUGUGCAGUGGAAGAAAAACAAACUGCCUCUUAGGGCAAGCAGGAAGUAUGAAAUAAAACAAGAUGGCUGCAUGUUCCAGCUCCACAUCAAUGACCUGAAACCUGAAGACAGUGGCAGCUACACAUGUCAAGCAGGAAACACAGAGACGACUUCUAAUGUGACAGUCAGAGAACUCCCAGCUUUUUUCAAGAAGAAUCUGCAGAACAUAAAGGCAGAUGAAGGAGAUACAGCCUCCCUUCUCUGUGAGGUUUCUAAGUCUGAAGUCUCUGUUCAGUGGAAGAAGAACAAUGUGCCUCUGAGAGCCAAUAGGAAGUAUGAGAUGAAGCAGGAAGGCUGCCUCUUUCAGCUUUACAUUAAUGAUGUCAAACCUGAAGACAGCGGCAGCUACUCUUGUCAGGCAGGACCAGCAGAGACCACUGCAACUUUAUCUGUGAAAGAACGUCCUGUGUUCUUCAUCAAGGAGUUACAAAAUAUGAAUGCUGAGGUAGGAGAGAUGAUCUCAUUGUGCUGUGAGCUUUCCAAACCUGGGGUUUCAGUGCUGUGGAAGAAAAACAAGCUGCCACUGAGAGCCAGCAUGAAGCAUGAGAUGAAACAAAAUGGUUGCCUCUAUCAGCUUAACAUCAAAGAUCUCAAACUUGAGGACAGUGGCAGCUACACAUGCCAAGCAGGGAGUGCAGAAAGCACUGCAAAUGUGGCAGUUAAAGAGCUUGCUUCAUUGUUCAUCAAAGAAUUACAAAGUGUAGAGGCAGAGGUUGGCAGUGCAGCCUCAUUGUCCUGUGAGUUAUCCAAACCUGGAGUGUCUGUACUGUGGAAAAAAGAUAAUCUGCCUCUGAGAGCCGGUGAGAAGUAUGAGAUGAAACAAGACGGCUGUUUCCUGCAGAUUAACCUCAAGAAGCUCGGUUCAGAGGACAGUGGUAGCUACUCAUGUCACGUUGGAAAUGCAGAAACGUCUGCAAGAGUACAAAUAAAAGCACCAAAACCUCCAUCAGAGGAAAAGUCUAGAACAGCAUUGGCGCAGAUGAAAAGUACUAUCGCUAAACCAGCUCUUGCUUCAGAAAUUGAAAGGCCCAACCUUCCAGAUCCCAACCAGAUUCCCCCAGAGCCCAAGAAGAGGACAAAUAGGAAAGUGUCUAUUACUUCUGUUGAAAAAGACACAGAGCAAGUUUUUGACGUAAAUGUGUCUGUGCAGAAUAUCAAUAAUGAAGUCCAACAUGAAGGAUCUAAAGUUGAGCACUUGGAUGUUGCUCAGAAUGGAACAAAAGUGGAGAGGAGUGAAGACAAAGGGAGUGAAGUGCACAAGAAAGAGGCUAAGACAGUUCAGCCACCAGAGAAGGAUUAUAAGGCUGGCAGGAGGAUUGAAAAGCCAACUUCACCUCUGGGUAUGGAAAAUGAUCUUAUGGAAAAGAGGCAACCAGAAGGAAAUGUAGGAAAAUUUAUUAAAGUCAUCCCUCCAGUAAAUAAAUCAGAAAUGCUUGUGGGUAACAAAGUGGUUGAACUGAAAGAGACAGAAAUGGGAUGUGAAACUGAAAAGGGGUUUAAACAACAAGAAGACUCUUCAGAAGAAGCAAAUGAAGUUCAACAGAAAAUAACUCAACGAACAACAACACUUUGGAGAAACAGUCAGGAAGAAAAACAUGUACAAGAGCAGUUUAAUGGGAGAGAAGUAAACACAGAUGCCAAACCUUCAACAAACAAAGAUGAAGUAAGAAAGACAGAAGAGGAGACUUUGAAACCGCCAGUAAGAUCUAAGGCAAAGGUAGCAUAUGGAGAGCAAUCACUCAAGUCUAUUAUGAAUCAAACAGAGGAUACAAUUCCUCGACUAAUCAAGACCUCUCUUAAAGAUUUUGAAGAUCGUAAAGAGAGACAAAAUGGACAAGAGUUUACGGAGAAGAAAUGGACACAAACACCCAGAGCAAACCAGCAAUCAAUAGAAGAGCCAGAAAAGGCAGAUGAAAUCCUUCAAUUUGCACCUCCAAAACCACCUGAGAGGAGAAAGAGUAAGGUAAAAAUAGGAAUGGAAAUACAGGAGUCAAGGGACACAGAGACAGAUCAAGAUGAUAUACAGCCUAAAAGUGUUGGAGUAAAGUCCCCUGAGGAGAAGACAGACAAACAGCUUAAAAAGCCUUUGAAGAAAGAUGUUGAAGAAAUUUUAAAAUUAGAAAGAAGUAAGUCUAUCACAACUGAUAGUGAAACAGGAGAUAAACUUAAGCAACCAGUAAAACAACCAAUAAAACCAAUUAAGAAAGAACCUGAAAUUAAACUGGCUGUUGAGCCAAUAAGAAGAGUGGAAGAAACAAAAUCAACUAAGAUGGAAGAUGACAUUCCUCUGCUCUACAUUUCUGAGGAAGAAACUUUCUCAGAGGCCUUAACUGAGCUUCCUCCUAACCACUUCCAAUCUGCUAUUCCCGAGAGACAAACAGGACAGCAACUUAUCCAGGAGAUCCAGCCACCAGAACCGUCUCCCCUGGAGACUGACAUCAACAUAGAGGAUGAACCCGAAAUGCAAGAAGCUGCCAUUAAGAUCCAGGCAGCAUUCAAAGGCUACAAAGCUUGCAAAGACAUGCGACCAGUCUUUAAGGAGGUAUUCAAGAACCAGAAUGCAGAUCUUCAUGGUACACUUACAUUAAAGUGUGUUGUCAAUGGAAGACCCAGCACUGUGCGCUGGAUGAAAAAUGGCCAACAUGUUAUAAAUGAUCCUCGAUGCCGGGUUGAAACAACAGAAAACGGAGAAUGCACACUUGUGGUUAAAAACUUGAACAACAGCGACAGCGGAGUUUAUACCUGUGAGGUGGCAAAUAAGUUUGGUGUGACCUCCUACAAUGGAAACAUAACUAUAGUGAAGACUGUGCAACCUGUUCCUGCAGUCCAGACGCCUAUACAUCCACCACUAGCAGCCAUAACUCCUUUGCAGCUUGCUCCACAAAAGCCUGACACCCAGGACAUGACACAGACUCAAAGUCUAACUCAGAGUCAAGCAGAGCUAGGGCCAACUUCAGAUGCUGAAAAUUAUGUAGAAAGUGUGAGUGUUUCCCUGUGGGAUGCCUACAUCUUGACAGAACAGAACAAUCAAACACUCCUGCAAGAGAGAAGAUCUUCACUCAUUGCUGUCAGCUCCUUGUCAAGUCCCUCAGAGUAUGACACGGCUCCUGAUAUAAUGGAGCCUGUUGAGACUAUUCCGGUGACACCAAGGGAAGUACCAAAACCAGCUGACACAAUGCAGCCAAAGGAGAAUAACGAAGAAACAGCUGCUCCGAAACCACCUAUGAAACUUCUGAAUGUUAAAGGACCUCAUGAUAUUAAGCUAAGAACACCAUCUCCAAAGCACCAUCGGUCCCACACACCUUUAACAAGUACUAUGUCUGGAUCUGAGUCAGAGGGUGAAGAAGAUAGACGAGAGAUAUUUGAAAUAUAUGUAGCUCGAGCCAACUGCAGUCCUAAUAUUGGAAGUAAGGACAGUUUUAUUCUUAAAGAGGGUCAGUUUGUGGAGGUCCUGGACUCUGUCCAUCCUGACAGAUGGUUGGUGAGGACCAAACCAACCAAAACUAACCCCUCUCGGCAGGGAUGGCUGUGUCCUGCCUAUCUGGAAAAGAAGAGAAAAGAAACCUUCCCACAAAGGAGAGUUGCUCAGGAGGAUCUCGAUGGAAUUGGGUGUACAGGGGAAGAGUACAGGAGAGCACUGAGUCAGCUGAUCCAAGGCUUGAUUGAUGGAGAAGAGGAGUUUGUAAAGGCAAUGAAGUUGUUUAUCACUCACCAGCUCAAUCAUCUGGACUGUAGCCAUCAUAUCCCCAUCAACAUCCUCAACCAGAAAGAAAUCAUCUUCAGAAACAUCAAAGAUAUUGUCGUUUUACAUGAACGUUCCAUCCUCCCUGGCCUGAGGGAGUGCGUUACAGAUGAUGAUGUUGCCAUGUAUUUAAUCAAGCACCCUGAACAUUUUGAAAAGUAUCUUCACUACAUGGUGGGGCAAGCACAAGCGGAGGCCUGCAUCAGUGACAAGACUGUUCAGCAAUACUUCAAAGACAUAACAGCACCUGAGAAGCCUGGUGAUGCCCCAAUAAUGGAUGUCCUUACUUUCCUGCAGCAACCAGUAGAGAGGAUUCAAACUUACCAGGCUUUACUGAAGGAGUUGAUCAAGAACAAAGCAAAGAGUGGCCAGAGCUGCUACCUUUUGGAGGACGCCUUCUCCGUGGUGUCCUGCUUGCCCUGGAGAUCAGACAACCUGCAUCGAGUAUCACUGAUUGAAAACUAUCCAGCUCCUCUUACUGCUCUGGGCGAGCCUGUACGACAGGGAGUCUUCACAGUGUGGGAGGAAUCUCCAGAAGUGAAAACAUCCUCUAGGGGGCAUCAGAGACAAGUGUUUCUCUUUAAGGAAUGCAUUGUACUGUGUAGAGUGAAGAGAGAUGGCAGCAUGAAUCGAGACACUUAUAGCUUUAAGAACAAAAUGAAGCUGAAUGAUGUGGAAAUAAAGGAAACUGUGGGUGGAGAAGACAGGUCCUGGGGUUUGUGGCAUGAGCACAGAGGCUCUAUACGGCGUUACACUUUGCAGAGCAACUCCACACUGGUUAAGCUGUCCUGGCUGAAAGACCUGAAGGAGCUGCAGCAUCGCUCCAGCCUCAACAAUAACUGCCCUCCAGUGUUUGAGUCUCUGCUUUGUGAUUGCUCAACACAAAUUGGACAGACAAUCAAACUGACCUGCAGAGUAUUGGGAUUUCCAAAACCAGUGGUCAGCUGGAUCAAAGAUGGUCUCCCUUUGGAGGAUGACCCACGCCACAUCGUCUCAGCUGACCGGUCAGGAACAUGCAGUCUUGUCCUGGACUGCCUUACAGCAGAGGACUCUGGUCAGUACAUGUGCUAUGCAACCAGCUCUAUGGGCAGUGCUGGCACUCUGGCUAAGGUGGUAGUGCAAGCUCCACCCAGAUUUGUGAGCCGACUAGAAAGUGCUUGUCUGAUUGACGGAGAGGAGAUACAGUUUUCAUGUUCCACUCUCACAACCCCUUUACCAAGAAUCAGAUGGUUGAAAGAUGGCAAGGAGCUGACUGACAGCAACAAAUACUCCAUUGUGAACGACGCCCGAAGUGGAAUCUUGUCUCUCACAGUUAUCGGAGCAACAGAGGCAGAUAUCGGACAGUAUGAGUGUGAGCUUUGGAAUGAACUUGGCUGUGUCAAAUGCAAAGCAGGCCUUUGUCCUGCCUUUGUACCACCGGGUGACAGUGAGAGUGACCAAUCACAGGACUUACCUGUUAAAGAAGCUGACUCAGAGGCCUGGUCCACUGCCUUUGUUAAGAAAUGGCUGCAGACUGAUUUCAGCCCUUCUUCUAUUGCCAAGUCACAAUUUCCCCCUGGAUCUUCUGAGGAAUACAGCACCGUUGUGGAUGUUCACCCAUCUGCAGUACAGAAGUCUUUAUGUUAUCUGGAAGAAGAAGAAGAGAUCUACAUUUCAGAGGCUUUGCACGAAAUAACAGAUGCUUUCUUCUCAGCUCCUCCUUCGGUCCAGGUCCCUGCUGAGGAUCUGUGUGUCGAACCUGGGCAACCAGCAACAUUCAUGGCCAUUAUCACAGGAAGACCCACACCUAAAGUACAGUGGUACAAGGAUAAGGAGCCCCUUGCACCCAAUGAGAAUGUGAAAAUAGUCCAACAUGGUGCUCGCUGCAGCCUAACCAUAUUGUGCCCUGAAGGAGAGGACAGUGGCAUAUAUACCUGCUUCACUCACAAUGACUCAGGCCAAGCCUCCUGUGAAGCUCAGCUAACAGUUGAGGAAGGUUUUCUUGAUCCUCAGGAGAGGGAAGUGGAGCUUGGGAAGAGAAGGAGAUUAUUCUCAGUCUAUGAUGUCCAUGAGGAAAUUGGAAGGGGGACAUUUGGGGUGGUGAAGCGUGUCAUCCACCGAAGAACAGGGGAAGUGUUUUCUGCCAAAUUUCUGCCUCUUCGAAGCAGCUCUCGGACCAGGGCCUUCCAGGAAAGGGAUCUUCUGUCUCGCCUCGCUCACCCCAGAGUGGCCUGCCUGCUGGACUUCUUUUGCACCAGACACACCCUGGUGUUAAUCACAGAAAUCUGCUGUUCUCAUGGACUUCUGGACCAUUUAAUGAUGAGAGGAUCUGUCUCAGAAAAAGAGGUUCAAUUUUAUGUCCAACAAAUUCUAGAAGGGGUUUGUCAUAUUCACAGCAUGAACAUCAUGCAUCUGGAUAUCAAACCUGAAAAUAUAUUAAUGGUGUACCCGCCAAAAGAUGAGAUCAAGAUCUGUGAUUUUGGCUUCUGCCAGGAAAUAGACACAUCCCGACACCAGUACAGUAUGUUGGGUACCCCAGAGUUUGUUGCACCUGAGAUUGUACAUCAAGAACCUGUUACUGUGGCCACGGAUAUUUGGGCUGUCGGUGUCAUAACAUUUCUGUGUCUGGUUUGCCGCUGCCCCUUUGUGGGCGAGACUGACCGUGCAACAUUGCUGAGGGUGGGAGAGGCAACUUUAAACUGGGACGCCCCAGACAUCGAAUGCAGGAGCCCAGAAGCCAGGAAUUUUCUCCAUACAGUUCUUCAACCGGAUCCAGAGACUCGACCAUCUGCCUUUGAGUGCUUGAGUCAUGAGUGGCUUCAGGAUGGAAAUGCAAGGGAGGACACUGAUGAAAUCAACACGAGGAGUUUGAAAGUCUUCAUCUCUAAAAGGAAGUGGCAGCGUUCUUUGACAUCCAUCGGGUCUGUGCUCACACUGAGGCCCAUCCCUGAGCUGCUAGAUGCUCCUCUCAGAGAGACUUCAGUUGCGGUGCCCCGCGAACCACAGGAGCACAGCAGCACUUCCCUGAGCAGUGGCUCCUCAUCAGAGUAUGAUGAGGCUGACUCUUGGGACUUUUUCCAGCACUGCAGCCAGACAGAGGAGGAGGAGGAGACAGAAGAAGAGUAUGACCCCUUAACCGAGAGGGCACAGAUCUUGGGGCCGUAUCCUAAAUGCCUCCUAAGUUUACAGGAGGAGGAGGUAGGGACUUUUGGGGAGAAUGAGGAUGGAGAAAUGGGAGGAAGGAGGAGUGUUAUCGAGCGCAGCAUGAGCAGAGCAUCGAUUGCAUCAUCAUCAACAACAACAGACCAACAGACACCUCAGAGGGUACGACGCUUCAGCAAGGAUAGCAACCCAUCUUUGUACCUCUCUGAUGGCGACGAGGGUUCAGGAAGUGAUGGGGGCCGCAUUCCCAGAGGAAGCGUCAUCCGAAGCACUUUCUACAACAGCUCUCAACAGCUUUCCCCUCUGUCUGCGAGACACAUGACUUUGAGGGACAAAUUCCAGGCGAAAAAGCAGGAAAGAGGCCGCAAGCCUCUCAGGAGGAGUUUUUCGGGACGGCUCAAUGAGCCUCUGAUUGAAUACGUGGAGGAUGAACCGGAGAGCAACCGUGGGCAGAGACGAGGAUCCGUACAGCCCAGCAUGCAGAAGUCCUCUUCGUUUGAUAAUGGGGUGGGUUUCUCUCACACUAAUGUACCGCCACACAGACGGAGCAGGUCUCUUGACGAGUAUUCCCGUCGAUCUCCCAGCUCAGCCAGCCAUGAAAGCGCACACGAAGAAGAGGCCUCUCACAGCAUGAAGGAAGAAAUCACAGAUGGUGAAGCAGCUGGGAGAAACUCACUAAUUAUCCAGAAAGCUUCGAAAGUCUCAGGACGAAGAGGCUCAGUCACUCUGACACAAGGACUAUUUAGUGGAUCAUCUGUUCCAUCGGAGUUCCUUGCUGGAGGGAGAAUGAGAUCCAGGCUGGGUCAGGACCAGGUUGAGGGAGACACUCUGACCAGCUCCCAGGGAUCUCUGGCUGAGUCUUUUAUUCUGGAGCAUGGUGGAUCUGAGUCUUCAAGUAGAAUAGGCUCCUUUGAUGAGCUCAGUCACGGUCAUGUUGGAAGGAGAUUCCGAUCAGGAGAGAGUGAUGAAAAUGAUGAACACAGUGAACCCCUGAUUACACCCUCCCCUACCCCAUUUCAGGAAAUAAAACCUCAAAGUUCCCGUCCUCAGCCUCCACCACGUAAUAGGACCCGGUCCAAUCCCAACUUAUCUACAAUUAGCAAAGGUCAGCCAGAGAGGCCCUCAAUGCCGAGUCCCAGUCCAAGCCUCUGCUCUCUAGGAACUCCUGAGAGGCCUUCCAGAGCCCGGGACAAGAAAGAGGGCUCCAUGCUCCAAAGGCAUGCAUCUGCUCCGGCUCUGGAAGCGCGCCCACCGACUGGAAAGUCCCCCAAACUGGGUCUCCUGAGGAUCUUCCGCAGGCAGUCCUGGACCGGCCACUCAUACACCCAGCUGGAGAACACGGAGCUGGGGCCCACUCUGGGAGAGAUCAUGAAGCCCGAUACACCCACUAUGUCUCUGAGGAAGAAGAUGAGAGCUUCAGCCUCCAGUCUGACCAAACUGUUUUCCAGGUCCUCCAGUAAGGAAGAUGUCAGUAAAGGACGGCCAAUAGUAAAAGGAUCCGCUGCCAUCCCAGGUGAGAGGGAACAGAGCAGUGGUCUUGAGACCCCCAAAAAGAGAAGCUCAAAGCUCCUCUCAUCUUUUAAAAUACCACCAUUCAAAAAAAUAAAAGUUCGUCCCAGCAAAGCAGAGGUGCUUCAACUAGACGGAGGUGGAGUCCUGCUGGUGUGGAGGCCUGUCCAGUCCGAUGACCCGGUCACUUACUGUGUGCAGUACUGUUCAGAUGGUGGCGAAUGGACAGUCCUGUCAGAUGAGGUGGCAGAAAGCUGCUACGUAGUGAAGGACUUACCGAAAGGGGCGUCGUAUGUGUUCAGGGUGGGCUGCGUCACCAGGACAGGAGCAGGACCUUUCAGUGAAGCUUCAGCUCCCAUUGUCAUGUCCACUCAUCCUGAAGAUAUCCGCAUUCCUCUCAUUCAGACUGACUCAAUCGGGUCAAAAGUACCUGGAUCAGAACAUCAAACCGUAAACAGGAACUACAGCUUCCUGUCUGAGAUCAACAGGGGUCGUUUCAGUGUCAUAAACCUGUGCAGGGAUGUGGAAACCAGUCAGGUAUUCGCCGCUAAGAUCACUCCCUACCAAGCCGCGCAAAGACAGCUGGUGCUCCGGGAGUACCAGCUGCUCAGGAGGCUGCACCACCCCCACCUGGUUCAGCUGUAUGCUGCUUUAAUCACCCCUCUGUAUGUGCUGCUGGUGGAGGAGCUGUGUCCCGGAAAGGAGCUGCUGCACAGUCUGGCUGCAAGAGACCUGUAUGCAGAGAGUAAUGUGGCUGAGCUGCUCCAUCAGAUUGUCAGUGCAGCGGACUACCUCCACAGCCGUCGGGUAAUCCACCUGGAUCUGAAGUCUGACAACAUGUUAGUGGAUGAUGGCAACCACCUGAAGAUUAUCGACUUCGGCUCAGCUCAGUCCUUCGUACCCGGACGGCCUCUCAACAUCGAGCACAUUCACGGCUUCUCCGACAGCAAAGACUGCUGCAGAAAAGUCUAUAUUGUCCUUCCUAAAGCUCCAGAAAUCCUGGAGGGUCAGGGUGUGGGGCCGGAGACUGACAUCUGGGCCAUUGGAGUCCUGUCCUUUAUCAUGCUGAGCGCCGACAGUCCCUUUUAUGCCGAACACAGCUGGGAGCAAGACAAAAACAUUAAGAAAGGAAAGAUACAAUUUGGCCGCUGUUACCCUGGUCUGUCAGAAGGAGCUUUAAAUUUCAUGAAGAACAGCCUGAAUAAUAAAUCCUGGGGGAGACCAACAUCGGCCGAGUGUCUCCAGAACCCGUGGCUGCGCGCCCAUCGGGCUCCGCACAAAGUCCGACCCUCCAAAGUGUGCUUCUCCACUGACAAGCUCAGAGCUUUCCUCAAGCAGAAAGAGGAGAAACGAGAUCAGGUGUGCACAAAACAUCAGGGGCCAUUCUUCCAGUGAGGUAAAAAAACAAACAAACACAAAACCUCUUCAUCGUUGUAAACAAAAAAUACAUUACUGCAAUUGUAUCUUUUCUGGUGUGACUUUUCUUCUGUUAAACAAAAAAAAGUUAGUUUCAUAAAAUGAAAUAUCCUGACUUUGAACGCGUCUUAAUGAGUCUCAGUUUGUGAAAUCUUUUUGAUUUGGUUUUGAUGGAAUCAUAUCAGGGAUUAGCUAGGACUGCACAUUGAUGCAUGAAUUGAAAGAUUUUAAUUGCUCUCAAAGUGAUUUGUUGCCUUUAUCUGUUAAAAUGUCAAACAGACGCACGUUUGGUCUUACAUGUAACAUCUUUUUUUUGUGUGUUUUAAGAAAACAAGAGAAAAUUUCAGAAAUAUAUUCCAGACUAUAUUACUCAUAAGUUUGCAACGAAUAAAUAGAAAAAUGCGUGUUUUAUGAAUGACCUCCUGUCUUGAAGUGAAUGGAAAAAAUAUAAUAAAUGACACUAGAAGUG